UGCUUAAGCAAAAUGCCACCUGUGGACAGGUCUAAAGAGCUGCAUUUCUGGAUCUGACUGGGCUGGAACCUUGUCAAACUGAAUACCUUACAUGGGAUAUCUUGGAGAGCAGCCUGGUUGGCAUUACAUUGGGAGUUAAAACUCAGAGCAACACAAUGCCCGAAUAAUGACAACCACCCUGGUACUCACAGAACGUAUCACAAGAGAAGACCGAGGCUCAGAUGGAAACUAUUUACUUUAUGGUUCCUCAUGUGCCCAAAUCUCUGAAGAAACUGAAUAUGUAAAAAAGGUUAGAUCCACACUAGCAAAGAUUCAAAAUCAGCAGCCUUUGCAAGCCUCUGAUGGAACAGAAUGUGAGAAGGAUGCUCUUAGCUCCAGCUACGAUCCAAUCAUGGCAAAGAUGAAGGAGACGGACAAACAGCUUGCAUGUAUAAGCAGGGAGAAUGAAAUUCUCAAGAUCAAGCUGGAAGCUACGAGAGAGGCCGGUGCAGAAUCUCUCAGACAUGCCUCACGGAGGCUCUAUGAGAAUUACCAGAGACGGUCCGAAGAAUUGAAAAAAGGGUGUGAAGAAGAUAAACGCCUAAUGCAGGCCAGCAACACUGACAGAGAACAAAAACUCAAACAAAAUGCAGAGAAUGUCAGUUGCCUUACUGAAAGACUUGAAGAAAAAUACAGCCGGAUUGCAGAAACGGAGAGACUAGUGCAAAGGAUGGAAGAGGAAAAGAAAAUUUUGCUAGAAAAGAAACGGUCAUUUGAAGAGAUGCUCCUGCACAUGAUAUCAAACCAUGAAGAUGCUAAACGGUGUGUGGAUCUUCAAGAGGAGCUUUUCAGUCUGCAACAGCAGAUCCGUCAUUUGCAGAAUUUGAUCAUGUUCCAGAAUCAAGGCCUACGCAGUGUGAUACAGGAGAUUGAAGAAUUGAACAGAGAACUAAAAAUCCAAGAUAAAACAAUAGAGGAUCUGAAAGAAAAGAUAAAUAUGCUUGAAGCUCAGAAUAAAUUACUUAAAUACAAAGUGGAAGUGUCAUCUGUCCAGUCAACAAUGAAGGUUUCAAAAGCUGUCUCAACAGACUCAACCAGGAUCGCUGGGUUGUCACCCUACAUGAUGGUAGCUAGUCUACAGAAGCAAAAUGGCUAGAUGACAAACUGUUGUCCUCUUUUAUCUUAGUCAUAGGGACCUUUCUUUGUGUGUCUCAGAAUCAGAUUGAACAGAGUUGACAUUAUCAUCUAAGGCCCCUUGUUAUAAACAUGGCAUCAUGAACACUCAAAAUGCUUGCAAUGGUGCUUAUGCAGAAGUGGCCCUAUAGUUGCAUUAAAAUGAAUAUGCACAUCUGGAAGUAUGGCAAGACCUAAAGAAACAAUAUAGAUGAUGUUUAGCCACAAGACAGGAACAGCCAGAGGCCAUUCUUGAGGGGGGAAAUGCAUUAUCUUCCCCACUUUUUACUAUAAAAGACCGACUUUUUAACAAACGUGCUGUGAAUCAUCUUGACAUCCUUUAGAAGUAUAUUGAGAGGAUAUCAAAGUAAAACAUUCAUAACUGCAUACAGAGACUAUUCUGUUUACCAUAUUUUAGUAUAAUUUUCUAGUGUAACUUUGGCCAGUAGAUUUUAAAAAUUCAUACUGCAAAUUUGAUAAUGUAAAGGUAUAUUUAAU